AAAAUAAGAGUUGCAUUCGAUCCUCAGGCAUCAUGCACGAAAGUUUCGUAGGUGAAAAUAAAAAUCGGAGAAAAUGGAUUAUUAUUGGUAUUGUCGGCGGUAUCGUUGCUUUAGCUAUAAUAAUUGGAUUGUCUGUCGGAUUAACAAGGAAAUCUAGUGGUCCCUCCGACGCUUUUGAAAGAGCAAAGUGGAUUUUAGAGAAUAAUAUUCUAAUCGAUGGUCACAACGAUCUUGCUUGGAGAAUUCUUGCUAAAGCUAAAAGUAAACUUAACAAUGUAAAUCUAAAUGAUGAUUUGAAAAAAGUAUGGGGAAAUAUAUCUCAUACGGAUAUAAGUCGAUUGAAAGAAGGUUUACUUGGAGGUCAAUUUUGGGCCUUAUACGUUGGAUGCAAGCAGCAAUAUCGUGAUGCUGUUAGGGCUGCUCUCGAACAAGCGGAUAUUAUUCGGAGAUUCAUCGCCAAGUAUCCCAACGUAUUUGAAUACGCAACAACUGCUGAUCAAGUUGAAGAAGCCUUUACAAAAGGUAAAAUUGCCUCGCUUAUUGGUAUGGAAGGUGGUCAUAUGAUUGAUAGUAGCUUGGCAGCUUUGAGAAUGUUUUACGAAUUAGGUGUAAGGUAUUUAACUUUGACUCACAACUGUGCAACACCUUGGGCUACCGAAAAUGGAAAUGAAAACUCUUUUGGUUUGACCGACUUUGGUAAAAGAUUAAUAAAAGAAAUGAAUCGAAUGGGUAUGAUACUCGAUUUAAGUCAUGUAUCUGUAAACACAAUGAAAGAUGCUCUUGAUACUACUAAGGCACCAGUUAUGUACAGUCAUUCAUCGGCAAGAGCAAAGUGCGAUUCAUUUCGAAAUGUUCCAGACGAUAUUCUGAGGAGGGUGAAAGAUAAUGGAGGCGUUGUUAUGGUCAACUUCUACAACAGAUUUAUUAGUUGUAAUUCAAAGGCAAACCUUACCCAAGUAGCCGAUCAUAUAGAUCAUAUUAAACAGACGGCUGGAAUCGAUACUGUUGGAAUAGGCGGCGACUACGACGGAGUUGAUCUUACGCCUAUUGGUUUGGAAGAUGUUUCAACUUAUCCUAAAUUAUUCGCUGAACUUAUUCGUCGAAACUGGAGUGAUGAAGACCUUAUUAAAUUGGCUGGUAAAAAUAUUUUAAGAGUAAUGAGAGGCGUUGAAAAGAUUAAGGAAAGUAUGGCAAACGAUCCAGUUAUUGAAGAUCAAGUAGAAGAGAAAGACUUAAACAUGACUUGUCGUACAGGUUUUGAGGAAGCUAUCAGUUAA